ACGCCCCCGCCGGUGGGAUGUCAGUCCCUCCGGAAGGGCGCUACGGUGGCUGCCUGGGUCCUUUCCGCAUGCGCGGUGCGGGCCGCCGGCGCGCCGCUGCCGCAGCGGGGCCUGAGCGGGCCCUCCCGGGGUCGCCAUGGGCGGCAGGAUUGAGUGCGUGUUCUUCAGCGAGUUCCACCCCACGCUGGGGCCCAAGAUCACCUACCAGGUCCCGGAGGAUUUCAUCUCUCGGGAGCUCUUUGACACCAUCCAGGUGUACGUGAUCACGAAGCCCGAGCUGCAGAACAAGCUGAUCACCGUAACAGCCAUGGAGAAGAAGCUGAUUGGCUGCCCCGUCUGUAUCGAGCACAAGAAGUACAGCCGAAAUGCUCUGCUCUUCAACCUGGGCUUUGUGUGCGAUGCCAGAGCCAAGGCCUGUGCACUGGAGCCCAUAGUGAAGAAGCUGGCUGGCUACCUCACCACUCUCGAGCUGGAAAGUGGCUUCAUCUCCAAUGAGGAGAGUAAACAGAAGCUGGUCCCCAUCAUGACCAUUCUGCUGGAGGAACUGAACGCCAAAGGAAAGUGCACCCUUCCCAUAGAUGAGUCAAACACCAUCCACCUGAAGGUGAUCGAGCAGCGCCCAGACCCCCCCAUCGUACAGGAGUACGAUGUCCCCGUCUUCACCCAAGACAAGGAUGACUUCUUCAACUCCCAGUGGGACCUCACCACACAGCAGAUCCUGCCCUACAUUGAUGGCUUUCGGCAUGUCCAGAAGAUUUCCGCAGAAGCUGACGUGGAGCUGAACUUGGUGCGCAUUGCCGUGCAAAACCUGCUGUACUAUGGGGUUGUCACGCUUGUCUCCAUACUCCAGUACUCAAACGUCUACUGCACCACGCCAAAGGUCCAGGACCUGGUGGAUGACAAGUGUCUCCAGGAAGAGUGUCUGUCUUACGUUACCAAACAAGGGCACAAGCGGGCCAGCCUCAGGGACGUCUUCCAGCUGUACUGCGGGUUGAGCCCUGGCACAACGGUGCGAGACCUCAUCUCCCGCUACACCCUGCAACUCCAGAGGGUGGAUGAGAGGAGGCUCAUCCAGUUUGGCUUGAUGAAGGGCCUUAUCCGUCGGCUCCAGAAAUACCCUGUCAAGGUUGCCCGGGAUGAGCGGAGCCACCCAGCCCGGCUGUACACGGGCUGCCACAGCUACGAUGAGAUCUGCUGCAAGACAGGCAUGAGUUACAAGGAGCUGGAUGAGCGCCUAGAGAACGACCCCAACAUCAUCGUGUGCUGGAAAUGACGGCGGGGAUGGCAGCCUGGGGCUGUGUGUCCCCCACGCGUCUCCGUGUGCGUCCCCACGUGUCUCUCCGGAGCCCUGCGCAUCCUCCCGGCCGCCGUCGCUCCUCCGCGCCGCCAGGGGGCACCAGAAGCUUCUCCGCGCCGCCAGUGGCCCGCAGAGGCUCCUCCGCUCCGACAGGGGGCGGCAGAGCGGCCCUAGCGCUCCCGUUGCCACAGCGACGCCGCCGCCAUGGCCGCCCCUGGGCCGGCGCCGCUGCUGCCCGCCGAGGCCGAGGCGCUGGUGCAAGCGCUGCGGGGCACCGAGCUGCGGGACACCGGCGGGCAGGGGUGCGGGGGGACCGGGUCUUGGCGGGGAGGGCCCCGGUCCUGCGUGUUUAGCUGGGGAGCACGAAGAAAGGGCUGUAAAUUUGGGGUGUCCCUGCUGGGGCUGCAUGAAGUGGGGGGAGAGGAGUGAGCCCGAUUUUGGGGCCUUCCUAGAGACUCUGGGUGAGUAAGGAAAGGUCCCAGAUCUGAGAGUGAGGGGGCAUCCACAGAAGGUCUAGGGGAGAGAGGAGGGGCCCUGUUUUGGGGGUGACCCCAGAGGGUAGGAUGGAGGGAGAGUAGGAACCCCAAUUGUGGAGCCGUCCUGGAAGGUCUGGGAGAGAGAGGAGGGUCCAUGUGGGGUGGGGAGGCAAGGAAGAGUCUAGACCUGGGAUGUCCCUAGAGGACCUAUGGGGUAGGGGUGUGGAGAAGCGGACCACCAGUUUUGGGGUGUCCCCAGUGGGGUGUCUUGUGGUGAAUGUUGCUAUGGGGGUUGGGGCUGCCACAGUUGGAGCUGCUGCUCCAGGGAGCACGGGCUCAGGGGACAGUGUGGUGUUUGCGGGUGCCUGGUGGGCUUGCGGCAUUUCCUGGAAAUGGGGGCACUAGGAGCAGGUUUUCCUGGAUGAGGGAGCCCCUCCAGGAGCACAGCAGAGCCCCAGAGCUAGUGGCCAGAGGUCUCUGGCACUGAUGUCCUUGCUGGCUGCCCUGCAGAUGGCUUCGGCAGCACGAGUGCAUAGAGAAGCUCAACAUGCACGCCAUUCUGAGCGCUUCUGCGGGUCAGGAGCAGCUCCUCAUUGAGCUGCUGGUCAGCUAUGGCAAGGUGAGGCUCCUUAGGUGCAGUAGUGAGCCCUGUGCCAGGCCUUCAGCCUUGAGCCAGGCUUGUCGUGUGGACAAUGUGCAAUUUUGGAAUAAAAUUAUGAAGGAUCUGCUGUAUCACUGGCAAAGACUUUGGUGGUUUGCCAGUGUUGCUUUUUUAAAAAAAUUAAAGGUCAAACUGGAAA